AUGAUUCAGGUAAUCCCUGCCCCAAACUCUCCUCCUCUCCCAAUAUACAUCAAAGCCACCAACGUUGUGUUCAACCCUGAUAUUCCCGAGGUUCAUCGAGGUCUUGGACUCGAUGAUUUUGCUAAUUUCUUAGCCUCUUGCCGCCUUCGAUACGCAAUCAGUGACGUUCCAUCAGAGUUCUUCCCUGAACAAGUUUGUGAGUUCCACUACACUGCAACUGUCAAUGACGACAACAAUGCCAUUACCGAGACAAUUGGCCGUGGAAGACAUUCUGUCUUUAUCACCGCAGAACUUCUCAGUGUUGCACUAAGGUUACCUAUUUUUGAACCCUUUUCUGAACUUCUUUCUAUUAAACGAUGUCGACGAUUAUUUGAUCAACUGGGAUAUGAUCACUCAAAGGCUGGUGCUCAAUCAGCUCUUAUUUUGCACCAAUGUAUGACCCCAGGAUGGAAAUUCUUCACCGGUGCUCUGUGCAAACUUGAUUAUGGGGCCCUAUUCUUUGAUCAACUUGUUCAGCUUCUUCGUGCAAAUGUACGCGCUGAUCAUGUUCCGUUUCCACGCUGGAUUGCUCUUGUGUUCGACAAAUUUUUCGCUGCAGACUACUUCUCACAUUCUGGAAAUCCCAUCCAAUGCCCUCACAUGUCUGUUCGCAUGUAUCAAGAUGAUCCCCUGGAUACUGAGAUCGGAAUCUCUGAUAGGAUGAGAGAAUGGAUUGCAAAUCCAUACACUGUUCCUUCUCUCACCGCUGACACUGAUGAAGGAGGCGUUGAUGGUAACCAAGUAGAUCAUGCCGGUCAAGAGGAUGAACCACAUGAUGGUGGUCAUUUCUCUCCUCAACUUUCUCAUCAUAUCGUCUCGGUUGCUGAUGUUCCCUCAGCUCAAAAGGAUUCACUGAGUCAGGGGGAGCAACAAUUUCAGGAGGAGCAACCAUCCCAGGGGGAGCAUCCAUCUCAGGGGGAGAAUCCACCCCAAGAGGACCAAUAUUCUCCGGUAAUGCCUCCUAGCUCUCCAGCAGCUCCAGCUACUUCAUUUGUUCAAAUUCCGGCCUCAGCAUUUACUGAACUUCUGACACUGACUCGGGACAUGAGUCAGCGUCUUCUUCGCAUUGAGGCUGAUGUUCAUCAGCUAAAGGAGGUUCUCCUGCAUACUCCUCCCUCUAGUCCCCAAUCUGAUGAUGCUCAAAAAGGGGGAGAUACUGAUGAUGAUGCUGAUGCUGAUGAUAAUGCUGAUAAUGAACCGAAUGAGAGAGACACCGAACCUGUUGACAACACCACUGUUCAGCCUGAGUCACCAAAGCCAAUGCAUGAGUAUUUAUCAAAUAAUAACAUAAUGAGUCGCCAACACCACUGA